AUGCACGCCAUGCGAGCUCUCUCCGUGCUCGCCGGCGUUGCAGCCCAUGUGAUGGGUGUCCACGCCCGCGCGGACGGCACAGCAUGUAGGCGCGCUGUGGAGAAAGAGACCGGAUGUGAGGGCAGAUCCGCCGACUGCUUCUGCCCGUACCUCGAGAAAGCGCAUGUCCAUGUCUCGGAUUGGACCUGGGGCCUCUGUGAUGAGGCCGGCAUCUCUAUGAAGACCCUCUACCACGAUGUCUGUGAAGAGCAUCCGUUCUUCUUCCCCCAGCGCUCCAGCGCCCCCAUGGUGCGUGUCGGAGAUGUUGGCGAUGACAGCAGUUCUAGCUCGCGGGCGGCGUCUGCUACUCCUGUCCAUCAUCAUCGGGGUCGUUUCAUGCCUCCCCCUCCGGUACUUCCAGGUCCUCCUGUAGGACCUCCACCUCCACCUCCACCUCCACCCCCUCCUCCGCCUCCGCCUCCGCCUCCGCCGCCUAUGGCAGGGCCUCCUCCACCCCCGGGUCCUCCGCCGCCCCAUCCACCACCGCCGGCAGGACCUCCUCCUGUAGCAGGACCCCCUGUUCCUCCACCACACCCUCCACCUGCAGAGCCGGCCCCUCCGCCUCCUCCUGCUCCUCAAGGCCCGCCUGCGCCUCCGCCGGUGGAAGGUCCUCCCCCACCAAAAGGACCACCCCCUCCGCCCCAUUCUCCGCCAGGUCCGCCGCCGGCAGAAGGUCCACCUCCGCCUGCAAAAGUGCCCCCUCCGGCCCCUCCAGUAGAAGGGCCGCCGCCUCCUCAUAGCCCUCCUCCGCAUGGCCCUCCUCCCCAUUUCCCGCCUCCGGCUGAGGGACCGCCCCCUCCUCAUGGCCCUCCUCCCCAUUCUCCGCCUCCGUCUGAAGGACCUCCCCCUCCUCAUGGGCCCUCCUCCUCAGGCUCCUCCCUCUCAUUCUCCGCCUCCGGCUGA